UAGAGGGGAGAGCAAGCGAAAGACACGAGAGAGAGAGAACGAAAAAAACUGCGUAGCGAACAGUUAGAAAGAGACGGGAGAGGUUCAUUUUCUGGGUCGUACGUACGUUGCGGAGCUUUCCAUUACUUUUAUGCAAAAAAAGACAACUCAAUUGAUCGUCCCAUCAAGGUUUGGGGUGCUCCUCUUCAUAAUAUCCUGCUAUUACAUGGUAGCAAAGACCUAAAGACGAGCUGUUGACUCAACACGGAGCAGAACGUUCAGACCCUCAGCUCCUCCAGAGCGAAACAAACUGCCCAACUACAGCUGUCAAACAAAACCAGUCCAACCGCUCUGUGGCCGUGUCAGUCGGAUACGGCCACAGCUUCUUUCGCUUUUAGUCAACUCCAACUGAUGUUCUCCUCCCUUGAUUGAAAACCUUCUGUACAUUUUCCAUGUCACAUCAAAUCUGCUCACCCUACUCUCACAUUAUUCUCUAUUCACUCUCUCUUCAAAUCUGCUCCACCCCAUCCCCCUUCUUUCCCCCCCCCUUCUCUCUCUCUCUCUCUCUCUCUCUCUCUCUCUCUCUCUCUCUCUCCCCAUCUUGCCUCCCCCCAGGGUGUGUAAGAUGGCAGUGUGGAUCCAGGCCCAGCAGCUCCAGGGGGAUGCGCUGCACCAGAUGCAGUCUCUCUAUGGACAGCACUUCCCCAUCGAGGUGCGCCAUUACCUGUCCCAGUGGCUCGAGGGCCAACUCUGGGAUGUGAUCGAUCUGGAGAACCCCCAGGAGGAGUUUAAGGCCAAGCGUCUGCUGGACAGCCUGAUCCAGGAGCUGCAGAACAAGGCUGAGCAUCAGGUGGGAGAGGACGGCUUCCUGCUCAAGAUCAAACUGGGACACUACGCCAGCCAGCUCAAGAGCACGUAUGACCGCUGCCCUCUGGAGCUGGUGAGAUGCAUUAAACACAUACUGUACACGGAGCAGAGGCUAGUCCGAGAGGCCUCUAAUUCGAGCUCCCCAGUGGGAGGGAUGAUGGACAGCAUGUCCCAGAAGUACCAGCAGAUCAACCAGGCAUUUGAGGAGCUGCGCCUGCUGACCCAGGACACAGAGAACGACCUAAGAAAGCUCCAGCACAACCAGGAGUACUUCAUCAUCCAGUACCAGGAGAGCCUCCGCAUCCAGGCCCAGUUGACCAGCCUGACCACACUGCCCCCUGCUGACAGACAGCUGAGGGAGCCCACAUUACUGAGCAAGAGAGCCACCGUGGAGGCCUGGCUCACCCGGGAGGCCAACACACUACAGAAAUACAGACUGGACCUGGCAGAGAAGCACCAGAAAAGCCUACAGCUGCUGAGGAAGCAGCAGACCAUCAUCCUGGAUGACGAGCUGAUCCACUGGAAGAGAAGGCAACAGCUGGCCGGAAACGGGGGUCCUCCGGAGGGGGGGCUGGACAUCCUGCAGUCCUGGUGUGAGAAGUUGGCAGAGACGAUCUGGCAGAACAGGCAGCAGAUCAGGAGAGCAGAACACCUGAGACAACAGCUUCCCAUCCCCGGCCCCAUCGAGGAGCUACUGAACGACCUCAACAGCACCAUCACAGACAUCAUCUCAGCACUGGUUACCAGCACCUUUAUCAUAGAGAAGCAGCCUCCCCAGGUGCUGAAGACCCAGACCAAGUUUGCCGCCACAGUGCGCCUCCUAGUGGGUGGAAAGCUCAAUGUGCACAUGAACCCCCCGCAGGUCAAGGCCACCAUCAUCAGUGAACAGCAGGCGAAGGCCUUGCUCAAGAAUGAGAACACCAGGAAUGACAGCAGUGGAGAGAUCCUUAACAACAACUGUGUGAUGGAGUACCACCAGGCCACAGGAACACUCAGCGCCAACUUCAGGAACAUGUCUUUGAAAAGGAUCAAGCGCUCGGACCGGCGAGGGGCGGAGUCUGUGACAGAGGAGAAGUUUACCAUUCUGUUUGAGUCGCAGUUCAGCGUCGGGGGUAAUGAGCUGGUCUUUCAGGUUAAGACGUUAUCACUUCCUGUGGUGGUGAUCGUCCACGGUAGCCAAGACAAUAACGCCACGGCAACAGUGCUGUGGGACAACGCUUUUGCUGAACCCGGUCGGGUGCCCUUCAUAGUGCCUGACAAGGUGCUGUGGCCCCAGCUGUGUGAGGCCCUCAACAUGAAGUACAAGGCAGAGGUGCAGAGUAACCGUGGCCUCUCAGAGGAGAACCUGGUCUUCCUGGCCCAGAAAGCCUUCAGUAGCUCCAGCAUCAACCCUGACGACUACCGUGGCAUGACCAUGACCUGGUCCCAGUUCAACAGGGAGAGUCUGCCCGGCAGGAAUUUCACGUUCUGGCAGUGGUUUGAUGGGGUCAUGGAACUCACAAAAAAACAUCUCAAACCACACUGGAAUGAUGGGGCAAUCCUGGGAUUUGUGAACAAGCAGCAGGCCCAGGACAUGUUGAUGUCCAAACCCAAUGGGACCUUCCUGCUCCGGUUCAGCGACUCUGAGAUCGGAGGGAUCACUAUCGCCUGGGUGGCUGAGAAUCCCAACAAACCAGGGGAGAGGAUGGUGUGGAACCUCAUGCCCUACACAACCAAAGACUUCUCCAUCCGCUCUCUGGCUGACCGCAUCAGUGACCUCAACCACCUCCUGUUCCUCUACCCGGACAGACCCAAGGAUGAGGUCUUCUCCAAAUACUACACGCCGCCCCUGUCCAAAGCAGUGGAUGGAUACGUGAAACCGCAGAUCAAACAAGUGGUACCAGAGUUCACCACGACCAAUCCUGACCCAGCAGCAAACCCCACCUACAUGGAUCACGGAGCCUCCCCUGUUGUCAGUCACCCUCCAAACUACGGCAUAUACCAGCCUAUGAGUGACUCCAUGUUAGAUGCUGACGGUGACUUUGACCUGGAUGACACCAUGGACGUGGCGCGACACGUUGAGGAGCUGCUGCGGCGACCGAUGGAGAACCAAUGGAGCGGCCAGCAGUCGUGACCCUCAACCUCUAACCCCUGACACCAACAAAAGAACCCCGCACCUUUUGACAUUUCUGAUGGUUUAAUUCCAUUCAUUUCCUCCUGUUCUGUUUCAGAUAGCUAUAAUGUGAAAUGUUAAUAAUGGUUGUGAUUGUUUUUUUGUUUUUUUUCUCUUCAGCAUGCAAACUGCCCGUCAGUGACCUUUUUUCAGUUUGUCUCCGUGCGUAUCUGUAAAACAGACUAGGUAGAAAUGCAAAAAAAAACACAAUGUUACAGUAUUGUAUGAAAAAAAUUCUAUUCACGCAUGUAUUUUAAUUUGGUCAUAAUUCUAACAAAGAUAUUUGAAGAGCACUCUCCACAACCGGAUAUGAAGUCAUUUAAACAGUUUUUAUUUUUGUUUAGUUAUUUUAUUAUUGUAAAUGGUUUAUCAACAAAGUUUGUUUUUUAUUGAAUCCGCCCUCUGCCAAAGAAGAAAAACUUCAAUGAAUAAUUUGUUGUUGUUAUUGACAAUAUCGUUGGAUUUGUUGCUAAGGGAAGUUUCAAUCAGUACUAUAAUAAUUCUGAAUCUUUACACACUAAACUCCAAGCAGAA